AUGGCAUCCAGCGUGAUUCUCAUUCGUUAUGGCAUGUCUUUUGGAAUGAUAAAAUCAUAUUUAUGGCUGACAGGAAUACUGACAUCGAGGCCUACACUUGAUUAUAGAAGAGUUUAUUCAUUAUAUCUUUUUAAUCCGGAAAACCCGCAAAAAUUGCAUGAUGUAAAAAAAAACAGAAAAGUCAAUAGAAACCUUUACAGACCUACUCCUCUUUGGAGAUUAGUGGAUCGGUUGGAUGAUGUUAAAUAUAAUAUUGAAGUUCGUAAUUUGUCGGCCGACCUUUUAGUAUACAUGAUAUUUAUGUUGAUAGUUUGUUAUUUGGUUUUAUAUAAUAGAGCUGCCACGGGGUAUUUUAGUUACGACGUUACAAAAAACUUGGUGGUUCACUCAUACUAUACAAAUUCUUUGCCUUUUACAAAAAUCAAGACCUAUAACUCAUUAGUGGUUUAUUUAAAAGAAUCUCUUCUCCCUGCGUUAUUGAUAAAUCAUACCCAACGUGAAAAACUUGAAAGAGAUAAUAUGAGUCCCAGUGACUAUGAAAGUUAUGGUUAUUCAAAUAAUACAACCGUGUUUCAAAGAAGUUGGACAAUGGAUCCAGCAAUAAAACUAAUAGGAAUUCCAAGAUUGAGACAAUUAAGAGCAACCACCGAAACUUGCACUGAAUCAAAAUAUAUAAAAAGUAGAAACAAAAAAUGUGCUCAAGAAUUAACAAUGUUCAAUCAAGAAAAAGGAAAUUUUACUAUUAGAUGGGCUUUAUUUCCUAAAAAAGAUUUAAAUGAUUUAAAAGUAUCUCCAUGGUAUUAUCAAACGGGAUUAGAAACGUAUACUCUUCCGAUUUUUUCACAAUUUUCAUAUUAUUCAAGUGGUGGAUAUGUAUUAAAUUUAGCCAAAAAUUUCAACGAUUCUCAAUUAAUAAUAGAUUACAUGCAUAAUCUUCAAUGGAUCGACAUACAAACGAGAGUGAUUUUUAUUGAAUUUACAACGUAUUGUGUGAAUACAAAUAUUUUCGUUGUGGUUACUUUAAUUGUGGAAAAAUCAGCGACUGGAUAUUUAAUACCUAGUUAUCAGAUAGAUCCAUGCGUUUUUUUAUUUACAGAUCGUAAUUUCGAAAUUAUUUAUCUUUUUAUUGUGGUAUCGAUUUUUUUGAGGAGUCAUUACGUUAAUAAUUUAGUUGAAAUAUUAGAUAAAUCAAGCAAUAAUGUUUUUGUUAGUUUUAUUUAUGCCGCUGCUUGCAAUUAUUUCCUUGCCAUGUCUUCAAUUAUUGGACGUUCCGUUGCAUUAGAUGAUACAUUUGAUUUUCAAUUGUUUUUCCUUUGUCCUUGUAAAAUAUACACGGGACAUAGAACAAGUUUUUUUGUUAAGCAAAAAACUAUUAACUUUUCAAAAUAUUACCUAUUUACAAUACUCACUGAAACGGCAAUUAAAAAUUUAUUUUUCGCUUUAUAUUAUCAAAACGAAGAAGAAAAAAAAAUAUUAAGGGAAAAAGCUUUAACUGCAUUGUUUUUAAAUGUCGUAAGAAUUCCAAAACAUUGUUUGAUUGGUAAAGAUACUGAAUACUUUUUAAUUGGUAAUAAUAAUUUGUUUAAAUGA